AUGGGGGGCCCCCGGGCCGCGCGGCUGCUGCUGCUGCUGCGCCCGGUCAAGCUGCUGCGGAGGCGCUUCCGGCUGCUGCUGCUGCUCGCCGUGGUGUCCGUGGGGCUCUGGACUCUUUAUCUGGAAUUGGCGGCGUCGGCCCAGGUCGGCGGGAACCCCCUGAACCGGAGGUAUGGCAGCUGGAGAGAAUUGGCCAAGGCUCUGGCCAGCAGGAACAUUCCGGCUGUGGAUCCAAAUCUCCAGUUCUACCGUCCCCAGAGGCUGGGCCUCAAGGACCAAGAGUCUGCGAGAGGUGGAGGGGGGAACAGCAGCUACCUGAAGUGGAAUAAGCCGGUCCCCUGGCUGUCAGAGUUCCGGGGCCGUGUCAACCUGCACGUGUUUGAAGACUGGUGCGGCAGCUCCAUGCAGCAGCUGCGGAGGGACCUCCACUUCCCCCUGUACCCACACAUCCGCACAACCCUGAGGAAGCUGGCCGUGUCCCCCAAGUGGACCAACUACGGCCUCCGCAUCUUUGGCUACCUGCACCCCUUCAGCGACGGGGAGAUCCAGUUUGCCAUCGCCGCCGACGACAACGCAGAAUUCUGGCUGAGCCGUGACGACCAGGUCUCAGGCCUGCAGCUGCUGGCCAGCGUCGGCAAGACCGGAAGAGAGUGGACUGCCCCUGGAGAGUUCGGGAAAUUUCGGAGUCAAAUGUCCAGGCCAGUGAGCUUGUCAGCCGCCCGCAGGUACUACUUUGAGGUGCUACACAAGCAGAACGACCAGGGCACCGACCACGUGGAAGUCGCGUGGCGACGGAAUGACCCCGGGGCCAAGUUCAGCAUCAUCGACUCCGCUUCCCUGUCCCUAUUCACAAAUGAGACAGUCCUGAGGAUGGAUGAGGUGGGCCACAUCCCGCAGACAGCAGCCAGCCAUGCAGGCUCCCCAGACCCUCUUCCCAGUGAUGAGCAGCCCCCGGCCGACAUGCUGCGGCCCGACCCUCGGGACACCCUCUAUCGAGUGCCACUGAUCCCCAGGUCCCAGCUCCGCCGCGUCCUGCCCGACUGUCCCUACAAGCCCAGCUACCUGGUGGACGGGCUUCGUCUGCAGCGCUACCAGGGACUCCGGUUUGUUCACCUGUCCUUUGUUUACCCCAAUGACUACACCCGCCUGAGCCACAUGGAGACCCAUAAUAAGUGCUUCUACCAGGAAAACUCCUACUACCAGGAUAGGCUCAACUUUCAGGACUACAUCAAGAUUGACCAGCCUCCGAAGCAGGGGCCAGAGCAGCCAGGUUCUGAGGAAGGCCUUCUAGAAGAAUCCCAGUACGGAGAAGCGGCAGAGGACACCCCUGCCCCUGACGGCCAGAACGCCAGGACACCAGAGGGGAAGCAAGGGCCCCCGACAGCCCCCGGGCAGGACGCCACCAACCGCCGCCUCCGAAGCCUGCGGAGACUUCUGGUUCGGCCCCAGGAGGGCCUGGUGGUGCCCUCUCCCACGCAGAACUCCACAGCCCCCUUCCCAGCGAGGACCAGCACCAUCCCGGUCCAGCCAGCAGAGAAAAAGGCCAGGAAGCCCAACCCUGAGCCCCACCAGGCUCCACGGCAUCCUGACAAGUGGCCCCCGGGACACCCAGCAGGGCACCCGCCUCCGGUGAAGAGGCCCAGACCCGCGGGUGGCAGCCCCGGGAAGACGCUGGGGCAGUCCCAGUGGCUGAAUCAAGUUGAGUCACACAUUGCAAGGCAGAGAAGGGGUGACAGGAUGGAGCCUCCGGACCCCAGGCGGGGUUGGCCUAAGGAGGCGGAGGAGGUGUUGGCAGCAGCUGCCGGCCAGCAAGGACGAGCCGAGGGAGAGGACGAGGGGGACGAAGAGGAGGAGGAGGUGAGGGAGGUGUUGGAGUACCUGUCCAUGUUCGACCCGGUGGUGAACUGGGACCAGACCUUCAGUGCCAGCAACCUCGACUUCCAAGCCCUGCGGACCGACUGGAUUGACCUGAGCUGUAACACGUCUGGCAACCUGCUGCUUCCCGAGCAGGAGGCGCUCGAGGUCACGCGGGUCUUCUUAAAGAAGCUUAACCAGCGCAGCCGGGGGAGGUACCAGCUGCGGCGCAUCGUGAACGUGGAGAAGCGUCAGGACCAUCUCAGGGGGGGCCGCUACCUGCUGGAGCUUGAGCUGCUGGAACGAGGCCGGCACCUGGUGCGGCUCUCGGAGUUCGUGUCCACGCGUGGCAGGCAGGGCGUCGAUGCUGCUGGUGGGAAAGAGGCCGAGGCCCGGAACCUGCAAGGCCUGGUGUGGAGCCCACACGACCACCAGAGACAUGUCCUGAGUGCCCGGGCCCCAGAGCCCAAGCUGUGCUGGCCCCAGGGCUUCUCCUGGAACCACCACGCCGUGGUCCACUUCGUUGUGCCGGUAAAGAACCAGGCGCGCUGGGUGCAGCAAUUCAUCAGAGACAUGGAGACCCUGUUCAGUGUCACCGGCGACCCACAUUUCAACAUCAUCAUCACCGACUACAGCAGCGAGGACAUGGACGUCGAGAUGGCCCUGAGAAGGUCCAGGCUGCGGAGCUACCAGUACAUGAAGCUAAGUGGAAACUUCGAACGCUCAGCCGGGCUUCAGGCUGGCGUGGACCUGGUGAAGGACCCGCACAGCAUCAUCUUCCUGUGUGACCUCCACAUCCACUUCCCAGCUGGAAUCAUCGAUACCAUCCGGAAGCACUGUGUGGAGGGCAAGAUGGCCUUCGCCCCCAUGGUCAUGAGGCUGCACUGCGGCGCCACUCCCCAGUGGCCUGAGGGCUACUGGGAGGUGAAUGGAUUUGGGCUGCUCGGCAUCUACAAGUCAGACCUGGACAGGAUCGGGGGCAUGAACACCAAGGAGUUCCGAGACCGCUGGGGUGGAGAGGACUGGGAGCUGUUGGACAGGAUCCUCCAAGCAGGCCUGGAAGUGGAGCGUCUCUCCCUCCGGAAUUUCUUCCAUCACUUCCAUUCCAAGCGAGGCAUGUGGAACCGCCGCCAGAUGAAGACGCCGUAA